AUGGAAGAGAGCAUUAUUCAAGUUCCGCUCUACACGGCAACCUCUGCUUGGCGAAAGGAGGCUCAGUUGCGUGGUCUGCUGCGUAAUCACCCAAGUGUAAUUGCCAACAGUGGACCACUGGCAGCUCCGGGAACUGUCUUUAGUACUGCGAGGUUAUCUCUGCAUAACAAUGAAGAGGUAUUGGCGGUGGGCUUAAAUCCUCUCGGUGGUAGUGGUAGUGUUGGUCUUAUGUCUAUUGGAAAUAAAGAGCCAACACUUGAGGGGGCGAUGCGCAUGCGAUGGCUUGAUAUGCCUUCUGAUCUUUGUCUCAGCAGUAUAGAAUGGUGUGAGCAACAUGUUUUGGUUGGAAGUACACGAGGACGCAUAUUUGUUACGGAAGCAAGCCCAAGUAGUGUAAAUGAAAGUAGUGGAUCACUUGUGCCUUUUGGAUGUUUGUUCUCAAGCGAAACACAACCACUCGUAGGAGAUAUUGUUGUUACCCCGAACAGCUACGCCGCAUCAACACUUGUUCGAAGCGUACGAUGUAACGCUGGAAUAAAUACUUCUAGUGUUCUUGCUGUAGUUGAUAGUCGUGCUAUGAUAUGGGAUGUUACUUCUAGUCAAUAUCCUGUACGUACAUGGUCCCCUGAAUCAGGAAUGAGUGAUAAUAGUUGCAACAACAAUGGUCAACGUGACAUAUUACUUUUUGCUCAUUGGGCGCCAUCCAGCGCUUCAGUAGUGUUGACUGGAAGCUAUAAUGGUAAUCUUGUAUUAACCGAUACACGCGCAAAUGAUCGAGGUAAACAGAGUUUAGUUUUACCAUUACGUCAUGGUUAUACUGCCCGAUGUGCUGAUUUUAAUGUAUUACUACCUUUUGUUGUAGCAGCUGCUUCAUCAGAUGGUACCCUCUCAGUUUUUGAUUGUAGAUUUCCUGUUAGCGCAGUUCGUACAUUUCCCUCACUACAGGGAGAUAUCUCUUCUAUAAAAUGGUUAAAACUUCAUUCCGAUAUUCUUGCAACAGGUGGUAUUGAUGGUUCAGUUGCAUUAUGGAAUUUACGUUUUCCCCCUACGUAUUGUGUUGGGCGGGCGCAGUACAAAUACCCAAUAUCUGAUCUUGCAGCAACACGAUCAUCCGUCGAGCAACGUGUCUUUGGUGUGUCUGAUGGCGGUGAAUUAACAUUAACAGGACUUGCACAACCGGCAUUGGCAUCUCUUGCGGCAUCCGCAACAGAGCGUGUGAAACAGCAAUCUGGUAACAACGACGUACCACAUCUCCAUGAACGUGAACGAGAAGGUGAAGGUUUCCUAUAUACACGACGACUUCGUGAAGCUUAUGCAAUUAUUACUGAUUGUGCAGUGGAACGUUUUGCACGAAAAGAUACUGCAAUGGCAAUGGCUCUUGUAGGUCUCAUAGAUGUUAUGGUAAUACAAAAGUUUGAUUAUAAAAUGAAAAUUGAGGAAGAAAGGGUACGACGUGAUUUAUGCGGUGAGGCAACACCGUAUUCACAAGCUUUACAGUCUUUUGAGGAUAUACUUUCUCGAUCAAGUGAACGUCUCUGUAUAACGUUACCAUUAGAGAAAAUUCGUGAUCUUGGAAAACCUGAUUCUGAAGAUUUGAAAAAACUUGAAGCCCUUCGAUUAAAUUUGGUUCUACAACAUGUAUUAAUUUCUGGUGAUGCUGGAACAGUUAUUAAUAGUUUACAAAUUUUUGCUGCUAAUGCUGGUAAUCUAGAGCUUGUAGAUAGUGAAACAGCCUGCAAUAUUGCUACAAUGUUAUUAAAGAAUAACUUUGCAGAAGGAGAAAAGUUUGUGCGAACAUUACUUUCUAUGCUUAUUCAACCUGAUGGCACUGUACUUGCACGUACAUUGACAAGGCGUUUAUUAAUUGUAGUACAAGAGCCUCUUCUUACAGCAGGAUUACCACCCCGAAAAGUUAAACGACAUGAGGAUCGUUUUCUUCGUAAUAUUUCCACAGCACUUGAAGCAGUUCAAGUUCAGUUAACAAUUCAAGGUAUGGGAAUUGAACAGUACCAAAAGGUAAUUGCUACUGUUAACAGUUAUCAAGGACGAUGUUUAGAAAAAGGUGAAAGUGGUAUUUUUGGUUGGCUUGCGGUAAAACCUCUUCUUCUUUUCUUGAAUUCUCUUACAGCAGACUCAAAUUACGCUACUUUUUUCUGGGCGUGUGUACAAUUAAUUGAAGCAUUAGCUAAAUGUCCAGCUGUAAGACAGGUAGAAACACUUCUCUUUCGUACAGUAGAUCGUAUAAACAGUGCUGCAAACCGCAUACGUGCAGAGGUGGAACAAGCUGCCAACACACCGAGGUUUUCCCCACCCACAUUACGUGAGGCAGCUGCAUCACUUCGAUCUGUUGCCGAAUUUCUUGUUGUAUUAUUACGUGUGCAAUUGGAAUGUGAAAAUGUAGCCAUUGAGAGUGAGAUGACUGAAAUACCACCUCUUAUGACACGCAUUUUCGACAUUCUUAGUAAUGCUUCUUCCGAUUUAUUGGAAGCUUGGUCCUCUCUUCUUGAUGCAUUGGGUGAGUGUACACUUCGUGAUCUCGUGCGGAAAUGUUGUCUCGGUGUUGUGCGAGAGUUUUUCUUUAAAGUUGAGGGUUUAAUGGCUGUUUCAUCUAAGAAAGAAGACGAUGAGACGUUGAAUGAAAUACUUGAUACUUGCCAGGACUUUGUUGACAAAGUUAUCAGUGGUGAUCGUUAG